AUGGUUGCCCCAGCAAUUUUCUAUCGGUCGCAGCUAGGGGACUUCGGGAGGAUUGACGGACUUCGGUACAACGUCUAUCUGCAGCCGCUCUUUCUGGGUGAUUGCCUGCUGCUCACACAUGACCGGUCUAUCUUGUCACUUCCGCAUAAGAAUGUCCAAUUUAGUCAUGUACUUGUUGACAGUUUGGCUGGUGGCUUCGACCUCCGACCAGUGACAGUAGACGGCGAUGAAGUGGAAGUGGUUGAUGAAUUCGUGUACUUGGGAUCUCUGAUCACCGCCGACAACAAUACCACGAAAGAGAUCCAACGACGCAUUCAAGCUGGAAAUCGUGCAUACUUUGCGCUCCGCAAGACGCUUUGGUCAAGGAGAAUAUGGCGUCGCACAAAGCUAACGGUGUACAAAACCUUAAUAAGACCAGUGGUCCUUUAUGGACUCGAGACUGUGACGCUGCUCACGGAGGACAUACGCGCUCUGGCCGUCUUUGAGCGGAAAGUGCUGCGGACUAUUUUUGGUGGAGUACAAACGGAGAGCGGAGAGUGGCGCAGACGUAUGAACCACGAGCUACAGGCACUAAUUGGAGAGAUUCCCAUUGUACAGCUGGCGAAAGUCGGGAGGUUACGGUGGGCCGCACAUGUCGCGAGGAUGCCAGACGACAGUGCAGUGAAAUCCGAUCUCUUCAAUGACCCCGCCGGCACCAGAAAUAGAGGGGCUCAACGUGCCAGGUGGUUCGACCAGAUCGAACCGACUUGCGAGUGA